GCGGAAGCAGAUUUCUGAGACCGGAAGCAAGUGUACUGCAAACAUGGCGUUGACGGUGCUGGCGCUAAGGACCCGGGCUGCAGUUACAGCCCUGCUGAGCCCCCCUCAGGCUGCAGCUCUUGCUGUCAGAUAUGCAUCCAAGAAGACAGGUGGCAGCUCCAAGAACCUCGGUGGAAAGUCACCAGGCAAACGCUUUGGCAUCAAGAAAAUGGAGGGUCACUAUGUUCAUGCUGGCAACAUCCUUGCGACUCAACGCCACUUCCGCUGGCACCCAGGUGCCCAUGUGGGCCUGGGGAAGAACAAGUGCCUGUAUGCCCUGGAGGAGGGAGUAGUCCGCUACACUAAGGAGGUCUACGUGCCCAGUCCCAGCAACUCGGAGGCCGUGGAUCUGGUCACCAGGCUGCCCCAGGGGGCUGUGCUGUACAAGACUUUCGUCCACGUGGUUCCUGCCAAGCCUGAGGGCACCUUCAAACUGGUAGCUAUGCUUUGAGCUCCCGGAGGAGGUCUUUGCACAGAGACUGGAGCCCAGAUGACAAAAGAGAGCCUGGUACCAGAAGUCAUCAAGGGUUGGAGUGGUGACAAGCCCUCCCAAGGCAGAAGUCUGCCCGCGGUGACUGUGGGAAGGCUCUGUGAGGUGACUGGCUGGGAGGCCCUUGGGGAGACCUGAGCCAGGGCCAGAAAUAAAAGUUAGCUGGAGUUUGUGCUGUUGGAGGACAA